AUGACCACCAGAAUCAGCACCCAAUAUUCCUGGACGGUCAAGAAAGUGGAAGCUCCUGACUGGAACAAGAAGGAGCUCAAGAAGGUUCUCAAAUUGGCUCUAGAGCAUCUGGGCACCGACGUCUGUAUAUUUUUGGACGGGCUUGACGAGAUCGAUGCCGGUCUAUCAGAAGGACAACGGCGACUUCUGAACUUCGUUAAGGAGUUCCAAACUCUAAAGAAUGUCAAAAUAUGCGUCGCAAGUCGUCCUGAACCCCUUCUAAAAAGCGGUCUAUCCCAUGCGCCAAUGUUCAAAAUUCACGAACUCACACAGUGGGACAUUUGGAAAUACGCCUCCAGUGUCUUGGACACACGUUUCAAGCAGCUUGCUGGCCCUGACCAAACACCACUCCUGAAAAGUAUUUGUGAGAUGGCUGAUGGAGUGUUUUUGUGGCUUGCACUGGCCCUUCAGUCGCUAAGAAAUGGUUUAGCCCAAGGCGACAGUGUUUGGGAACUAGGCAAGCGCCUGAGAGCUUUGCCGAGAGAUUUGAAAGAUCGAUAUGCGGCGAUGUGGAAGCGACUUGGAGAUGACGAGCCUCUGUAUCGACGAGAUGCUGCAAUGUAUCUCAGCACAGUUUUGGCCUGCCAGCUCAUCGAUAACCGCAAGCCAUUAGCCAUCGGUGAAUUGCUUUUGGCAACUAACUUGAGCCUCAUGGAUCAGUUUUGCCAUGGAAGGUUAGAAACCGAGGGCCUGGAGCGAACUCUCACGAAGACAUCGGAUCAACUUGCGCGCCGAAUACAAGUCCGUUGCGUAGGGCUCCUGGAGGUCACAGAAAACGCCAACACGCCCCUGUUUAACAGGGUUCACUUUAUUCAUCGAUCGGCCAAAGAGUUUCUUGAGGGGUCCGAAGAGGGACAGAAGCUGUUGCAGGGUGAUCGUCUCAGCAAAGUGCAAAGGCUUGUCAAAAUUACACAGGCUGUGCUUGUUCCUGUACUACUGUUUCCCGAAGGUUCCCUCGAACAGAGUAACGUGCGGACGAUGUGCGACAACCCUGCUUCCUUCUUCCGCGAGAUUCAGCAUAAUUGGAGGAGAUAUGGGAGCUCGCGGGUGCAAGUGUUGGAGAUUCUUUCCGCUGCCGAGGGCAUUCUUGAGGCAUGGCCGUCCAGUCGCACCAGCCCAUAG